AAGACUUCUUUGAUAUUUUACCCAAAAAAAGGGCUCAACCUGUUUAUUUGCCAGCUCUACACUAGUCAAUCAGAAUAUAUAAGCUUUGGACAAAAAAGAGGUUCCUGCUGCUAUCUUAUCAGCCAAGAAAACAUUUUGUUUAGGAACAAUUAAAAAUUUAAAUCAUCUUUGAACUUCUUCCCCAAGUCUUUGACUUGUUGUUCAAAGUUGGUGCUUUCUCCCCUUCUUUACUCAUCCUUCUGCAAUUAUAUAAAUGCCUCAAACCGUCCCAAGAUGCAUCACACCAAUUGAAGAGGUAUAAGCAACAUAUAGAUACUGAGAAUGGACGGGAAACAAAGCCAGGUUGUGCUGAUUGGGACAUGGGCUAGCGGCUACUGCAAGAGAGUUGAAUUGGCCCUCAAGCUUAAGGGCAUACCCUACGAAUACAUAGAGGAAGACCUGGAAAACAAGAGCUCCCUGCUCCACCACUCUAAUGCUGUCCACAAGAAGGUGCCUGUGCUGUUGCACGAUGGUAUACCCAUUGCUGAAUCACUUGUAAUACUUGAAUACAUCGAUGAGUACUGGAGCAAUGUUGCUCCCAAACUCUUACCGGAGGAUCCUUACCAGAGAGCCAAAAUUCGCUUUUGGGCCAAUUAUCAUGACCAGAAGAUCAUGCCGGCUAUUUGGCACAUCGCCUUGUCUCAAGGCAAAGAACAUGACAAAGCCAUCGAGGUCUACCAUGGAUUGCUGAAGGUGUUUGAAGAAGGUAUCGAGAAGGACUUUCCGGCCAAAUCUCCUUUCUUCAACGGUGACAGCCUGGGUUUUCUUGAUGUCAUCGUCGGGACAGUCGCAUGCAACUACCAGGCCUUUCAUGAAGUGGUUACUGUGAUUUUUGAUCCAGCAAAACACCCUUCGUUUUUCUCAUGGGUGACUGCUCUGAAAGAACACCCUCUGAUCAAAGAGGUUCUACCUCCCCAUGACAAACUGGUUGCCUUGAUGAGAAAGAAGUAUUGCCAAUCUCCUAAAGCUUAGAUUCAGAUGCAUAAACAGCCUAUCACUACCAUUUUAUAUGACUGCCAAUAUGAAUAUCAUGUACUCAAUGUUUGCACCUGAAUUAAAAGUCUAACUAGUCUGUUUUCCGAACCCAACCAUCAAGUUCAUUGAAAAAGAUGAUGGCUAAAGCAUAAUGUAAUUCAGAAAAAAUUGAAACUGCUCAGCUCAGAUCAUUCUGCAAGACCUCCUAUGAUGUAAACCAUGUAUUACUCAGACCACAUACAACAUUUGACUGAAAAAAGCUAUCAAGAUGUAGUUACAUCUGGCCUUUCCUCUGAAGUGGUCAAAUAUACGCACAUUGCAGAAUGAAUAAGAAUAAGGAGCAGCAUAUGUCAUAUUGAGGCAAUCAGAUAACUAGUUUAAUGAUAAUAGCAGAAACCACUAAUCUGCAAAUACAUAGAUCAUCCAAAUCCAGUUCCAACAUGAAAUUUCAGUGACCAGCUAACAAGUGAAUGAACAAAACAAAAUUUUUAACACAAGUAGAUUUGUCGACGAAGAUGAAGUAGAACACAUUUCAUAGCAGCCAA